CCACUUCCGCUUCCUCCUGCCUCCUGUCCUGCUGUGGCUGCUCCUCUGCCGGGGCGCCUUGCCAGGCUCUCCCAACCCCUGGAGCCCGCAGAAAUCCUCUGUGCUCUGAGCUGUCACCAGCGCUGCCUCCCAGGUCCCGGACACGAUGCAAGCCAUCAAGUGUGUGGUGGUGGGAGAUGGAGCCGUGGGCAAGACCUGCCUUCUCAUCAGCUACACCACCAACGCUUUCCCUGGAGAAUACAUCCCCACCGUGUUCGACAACUAUUCAGCCAACGUGAUGGUGGACAGCAAGCCCGUGAACCUGGGGCUGUGGGACACAGCCGGGCAGGAGGACUACGAUCGCCUCCGGCCACUCUCCUACCCACAGACGGACGUCUUCCUCAUCUGCUUCUCCCUUGUUAGCCCUGCCUCCUAUGAGAACGUCCGGGCCAAGUGGUUCCCCGAGGUGCGACACCAUUGCCCCAGCACACCCAUCAUCCUGGUGGGCACCAAGCUGGAUCUGCGGGACGACAAGGACACCAUUGAGAGGCUGAAGGAGAAGAAACUGGCACCCAUCACCUACCCGCAGGGUCUGGCCCUGGCCAAGGAGAUCGACUCUGUAAAAUACCUGGAGUGCUCGGCCCUCACCCAGCGAGGCCUGAAGACCGUCUUUGACGAGGCCAUCCGGGCCGUCCUGUGCCCCCAGCCCGUGCGGCCACAGAAGCGUCCCUGCAGCAUCCUGUAGGGUGGCGCCCAGACCUCCCAGCCAGAUGGCUGUGACCUCCGGGGUCCUCACCCAAAGCCCAGCAGUACCCCGGCUGGCCCUGUUGUCCCCUCCCUGUGGUGUUUCUUAGCAGAUGGCUGCAGAUUGGUUGCUCAUCUUCUCCGGGCUGGAAGCCCCCGGGGGCUGAAAGGCUGUGAACUUGCAGGCUCCGCUCCUGAUCCCUUACUCCCGCCUUCGCAGGGGCCAGAAGGGAGCCAUUAGUGUGGUCAGCACCUGCUGCCGCACGUGGCAGCAUCUACCCCUUGACCCCAGUCCCACCCAAUGCCCGAAUCCCCUCUGGAAAUUUCGGACAGGAUGGUGGCCAGCCACCACUCGCAUACCUUCAGGGAUGGGUCUCUCACUCCCUCCUGAGGUGGCUACUCCAGUAUUGAUGGUCUUGCUUGUCUGAACGUUCUCCUACUGAGCUAAAAUGGGUAUCUCAGAAGUUUGCUCCUGCGGCCUUAGCCGUCCUUUUCCGGACAGCAUCAAAUCAAAUUCUUUGCAUGUCAGCGGGUCCCUGCAACAGCCAGUCAAAAACCGGGAUCCCACUGACUCCUCCGGUUGCUCAAGUCUUUCUCCGUCAUUCACAGAGCUACAUUUGCCUGUAGGAGUCUUGAAACUUUCAGACCCUGCCAGUCAGGACUUUUGCUACUGCAAAUGGAAAACCUAAUUCAACCUGCUUAAGCAGAAAAUAAACCUAUUGAUCCUAUGAAA